AUGGCACAUGCACGUGCUGGAGAGUGCAGUACGCACAUCCUGGCACAGGUGCAGCCCUCCCUGGAGCAGGCAGGCGGAUUGUGUGACGCUGGGGAGACAUGUGAAACGUGGAGCAGGAGGGUGGCACAGCUAGGGGGACGAUGCCGGUAG